GAAAUUCCACUUGAGUUCCUGAAGCCACUACACGGACAAACUCUUCAAGAGGAAGAGAAAUUGAUACUGGAAUGUGAAGUAUCUAAAGCUGAUCGUGCUGCCACCUGGUAUCGUGAUGGAGAGGAGAUAACUCCUAAAGAUGGCGUCAAGCUGAUAUCUGAUGGUACUCAUCAUAAACUGAUUAUUGACAGUGUUACCGUUGACGAUGAAGCUGAUUAUACCGUGAAAAUUGAUGAUAAAUCCAGCAAGGCCAUGGUCCUAGUGGAAGGUGAGUUAGAUAUAUCUCAGAGUAGUCUUGAUAUUUUAUUUUAA